AUGACGCAGGGUCCGGGCGGGCGCGCGCCCCCCGCGCCCCCCGCACCCCCAGAACCGGAGGCGCCCACCACCUUCUGCGCGCUGCUGCCUCGCAUGCCGCAGUGGAAGUUCGCGGCCCCCGCAGGUUUCCUGAGCCGCGGCCCCGCGGCGGCGCGGGCGGCGGGGGGCGCGGGGGCCACCGACCCGGAGCCCGAGCCGGCCAGCCCGGCCGGCGUCCCGGCGCUGGCGGCCGCGGUCCUGGGCGCCUGCGAGCCGCGCUGCGCCGCGCCUUGCCCGCUGCCUGCUCUCAGCCGCUGCCGGGCCGCCGGGGCGCGGGGACCGCGGGGCGCGCGGGGGGCGACUGGCCCCCCGGAUGCCCCCGCCGACGAGUGGAUCCGCAAAGGCAGCUUCAUCCACAAGCCAGCGCACGGUUGGCUGCACCCGGACGCCAGGGUCCUGGGGCCCGGGGUCUCCUACGUCGUUAGGUACAUGGGCUGCAUCGAGGUACUCCGUUCCAUGCGCUCCCUGGACUUCAGCACACGCACCCAGGUCACCAGGGAAGCCAUCAACCGGCUCCAUGAGGCGGUGCCUGGCGUCCGGGGCUCCUGGAAGAAGAAGGCCCCCAACAAGGCCCUGGCCUCAAUCUUGGGCAAGAGCAACCUGCGCUUCGCGGGCAUGAGCAUUGCGGUCAGCAUCUCCAUAGACGGCCUCAACCUCUCGGUGCCCGCCACGCGCCAGAUCAUCGCCAAUCACCACAUGCAGUCCAUCUCCUUUGCGUCCGGUGGUGACACGGAUAUGGCGGAUUAUGUGGCCUACGUGGCCAAGGACCCCAUCAACCAGAGAGCCUGUCACAUCCUGGAGUGCUGCGAGGGCCUUGCCCAGAGCGUCAUCAGCACCGUGGGCCAAGCCUUUGAGCUGCGCUUCAAACAGUACCUGCACAGCCCCCCCAGGGUCGUUGUCCCCCCGGAAAGGCUGACCGGGAUGGAGGACUCGGCCUGGGGCGACGAAGAGGAGGCAGAGCACAACUACUACAACAGCCUCCCGGGGAAGGAGCCGCCCCCGGGUGGGCUGGUGGACUCCAGGCUCGCCCUCACGCAACCCUGUGCCCUGGGGGUCCUCGGCACCCUUGGCCAGGUCAGCCUCAGCACACCUCUGGGGAGGGGGGCCCAAGGGCCGAGUCCUGGGGCUCGACCCCUAGCUCUUCCUUCUGCUCCUCGCCUCCCCCAGCCCGGGGAUGGCUAUGUGCAGGCGGACGCCCGGGGCCCCCGAGACUACGAGGACCAUCUGUACGUCAACACGCAGGGUCUGGACGGCCCUGAGCCCCUGCGGCCCGAAGAUAGCCCCAAGAAGGAUCUGUUCGACAUGCGACCCUUUGAGGAUGCCCUGAGGCUGCAUGAGUGCUCUGUGGCGGCCGGCUCGGUGGCAGCCCCCCUUCCUGUGGAGGAUCAGUGGCCCAGUCCCCCGACCCGCCGGGCCCCCAUUGCCCCCACGGAGGAGCAGCUGCGUCAGGAGCCCUGGUACCAUGGCCAGAUGAGCCGUCGGGCGGCGGAGAAACUGCUUCGGGCAGAUGGGGACUUCCUCGUGCGGGACAGCGUCACCAACCCCGGGCAGUACGUCCUCACCGGCAUGCACGCGGGGCAGCCCAAGCACCUGCUGCUGGUGGACCCUGAGGGCGUGGUACGGACGAAGGACGUGCUCUUUGAGAGCAUCAGCCACCUGAUCGACUAUCACCUGCAGAACGGGCAGCCCAUCGUAGCCGCUGAGAGCGAGCUGCACUUGCGAGGCGUUGUCAAGCGGGAGCCCUGA